AUGUCUCCCCCGUCGCCAAUCAUCAGCCGUGUCAACGAUCUGAGCAUCCAUUUCGAGAAGCUGUCCCUAGGCCUGAACGGCGACGGCAAUCAUAGCGCAUCUGGCUCAGACUCGGAAGUUAACAGCGGGAGUCUCUCAAACUCAGCGAGCGGUUCCGAUGUUUCUCAAGAGAAGAAGCAGAAGAAGCAGAAGCAAGUCCUCACGGGCGAAAACCGCAUCCCUCUCCGCCAACGCCUCCGGGAGAUGCGCAAGGGUGUGCAAGAGCGAGCCCAGCGACGGCGAGAGAGCGGCUCCAUCACCGACACCAUCGAGGCCAUGGUGACGGUUACGGAGCCCACCACCACCCCACCUCGCAACGCCAGCCCCCCUCGUAGCGCCAGCCCCCAGAUCGAGACCCCCAUCCGUCCCCUAUCCCUAGCGCACCUCGAGGUCGCGCCCCUGGAGCUCCCCAACGCGCCGUUCAAGCGCGACGGCGUCUACGACUCGCGGCGGCUGUCUUCGUCCUCGAGCAACAACAACAACGACGACGACGCCGACCACCUGCUAGACCGCCGCGCGAACACGCACACGGAGGAGGAGGUCGAGAGCCGGCGGCUGUCGGUGGAGCAGGCGAACGAGCGCAGCCGGCAGAAGGUGACGACGCCGAGCCGGCCGUCGUCGCUGUGGCGCAGCUUCAACGCCGACGACAUCGACAAGCUGUACUCCGCGCUCGGCAGGCUGGAGGGCGAGGAGAGGGAGGCGGAGAGCCGCGAGGAGUAG